UAUGACUGGCCAGGCCAAGUCGCACUGCGAUUGGCCUCAGCGGGUGCCGGUAACCCUCGCUAGCGGCUUUGGUUCCCCGCACUAUAGAUGUCAAAGGCUGAAGCUGCUCCCUUUGCCACAUUAUAACUAGUAGAGGAUCUUCAUCGACCAUGGCCACAGCUGCCUCGAAUCCCUACAGCAUUCUCAGUUCCAGCUCCCUCGUCCCUACGGACUCUGCAGGCAUGCAGCAGGGAAGUCCUUUCCGCAAUCCUCAGAAACUUCUCCAAAGUGACUACUUGCAAGGAGUUCCCAGCAAUGGGCACCCUCUAGGGCAUCACUGGGUGACCAGUCUGAGCGACGGGGGCCCAUGGUCCUCCACACUGGCUACCAGCCCCCUGGACCAGCAGGACGUGAAGCCAGGACGCGAAGAUCUGCAACUGGGCGCAAUCAUCCAUCACCGCUCGCCACACGUAGCCCACCACUCACCGCACACUAACCAUCCGAACGCCUGGGGAGCGAGCCCGGCUCCAAACUCGUCCAUCACGUCCAGCGGCCAACCCCUGAAUGUGUACUCGCAGCCAGGCUUCACGGUGAGCGGUAUGCUGGAGCAUGGGGGACUCACUCCACCACCAACUGCUGCCUCUACACAGAGCCUGCAUCCAGUGCUCCGGGAGCCUCCAGACCAUGGUGAGCUGGGCUCGCACCACUGCCAGGACCAUUCCGAUGAAGAGACUCCAACCUCUGAUGAGUUGGAACAGUUCGCCAAACAAUUCAAACAAAGAAGAAUCAAGUUGGGUUUCACCCAAGCCGACGUGGGGCUGGCACUGGGCACACUGUAUGGCAACGUGUUCUCGCAGACCACCAUCUGUAGAUUCGAGGCCUUGCAACUGAGCUUCAAGAAUAUGUGCAAGCUGAAACCCCUGCUAAAUAAGUGGCUCGAGGAGGCUGAUUCAUCCACAGGAAGCCCGACCAGCAUUGACAAGAUCGCCGCUCAGGGCCGUAAGCGCAAGAAGCGAACCUCUAUCGAGGUGAGUGUCAAGGGAGUACUGGAAACGCAUUUCCUCAAGUGUCCCAAGCCUGCAGCGCAGGAGAUCUCCUCCCUGGCAGACAGCCUCCAGUUGGAGAAAGAAGUGGUGCGCGUCUGGUUCUGUAACAGAAGACAAAAAGAAAAAAGAAUGACUCCGCCAGGGGAUCAGCAGCCACACGAGGUUUACUCGCACACGGUGAAAACAGAUGCGUCCUGCCAUGAUCUCUGACGAGGAGGAAGCCAAGAGGUGGCCCGCUGCCCUGGGAGCGGUGCGGAUAUCAUUUUCAUUCCCUAUCUUCCUUUCACCAUUACAUUCUUUAUCAUUGCUAUCUCUCUAGCUCGCUAUCUCUCUCUCUCUCUCUCUCUCUCUCUCUCUCUCUCUCUCUCUGUCUCUCUCUCUUCUUUCACAGGGGUUUCUAACUUACAUUAAAAAAGGAAACACACACACAUUCAGGCUUCUCAACUCUAAAACACAAUUAUUUUAAGCAGUCCAGGUAGCGACUUCAUAUUCCCUGCUGCCAGAGCAAUUUCUUUCGAACCUUUUCUGUUGAUCAAUACAUAUUGUUUACUCUGAGUAAGAUUUGUUUGGUUGCUCCUCUCUAAGAAGGACAAGGAGCUGGGGAAGGGGGUGGGGGUGGGAAAGGGUGGGAAGACAGAUGUGUGCCUAUGAAUAACCUUUCAGAGCCUUGGUUAUAGCAGCUGUAUUUCAGGUGAAACCUGUUUUACAAUAGACUAGUUUUGCAUUUUUUUAAAACUUCUAUAGCGUUUCUAAAUGUCCGCAGUGUUUUACUAAAAGCUGUACACAAUAUUUGUGAGAUAAUUUGUAUCUAAUCGACCACUCCACAUUAUUAUUGCUAUUAUUAUUAUUUCUUCAUUGAGCUGAUGGGUUUUUAAUUGCUUAAAAAGGGAGGGGAGGCUGGAAGGAGGAAAGAGAAAAAUGUUAACCUCCUGCACUCCCACACUUCGGAAUCUGCAUGGAGAAGAGAGGAUACAAGGAGAAAGUUGUUCGUGUUUCUAUUUUUCCUGGGGGGACUGAGUGCCUAUAUGGGCAGAACAAGCAAACGGAAUGGGUUUGCAAAGUAGCCUGAAGAGGCUAUUUCGCUGCUUUUGCCCCCACCCUCCUUUAUGGAACUGUGGAGUCCCUGUAGGUUUCCACAGCAUAGACCAUGGUGACCCAGAAGGAUUCAGCAGUGGCGCGAAGAAUGGGGCUGCCAGAAUUCUAAAUUCACCAAGGUCCUGAAUGCCUGUGCGUGAAGUUUCCCACAGGCUGCCAGCAUAGACGGGCUGACAACCUGCGCUACCCAACUCACGCUCUCCGAGAUGAAAGACUUCGUUCACAAAAGGUGGCUUUCACCGGAGACCACCGGAGAUGCAGGCGACAGAUUCUGCCAGCGCCUCCCAGUUCAGUUCACCUCCAGUUCACCGCUGGCUCUCAGGGUGAGAAACACUAUUGGUAGGGUGGUGAGGGGUGAGUGAACAGGCAUCUUCUGCUUAAUGCAGAGCGAAAAUAAAAUAAUUGGUAAAAGUCACGGAGAUUCUGGUCCAGCCGCACACCACCUCCUCCCUCUUGUAUAUACCAAGGUCCGAGUGAGCUGGUGGGAGACCAUCUCAGUGUCUUUGACAAGCACAACUGGUGGAAGCCCAUGGCAAAGAUUGAGAGAGCUAGGGAGCGCCUGGGCCGCUGAGUUUAUCCUUUUUUGUUGUUGUUUUUUCUUUUAAAAAUCUCUGUGUGUUUCUGUUCGUGUAUUGUGUGUGCGUGCAAAAGUGUGUGUGUGUGUGCGUGUGUUUGUGUGUGUGUGUAGAUAGCUGUGUGUAUCAUAUUACAGUAUUAAAAAUCCACAAAAACAAAACAAAACAAAAUCUCGCUAGGCUAUAUAUAGAUUCCAAAAUUAAGAGGUUACCGUGGCUUUAUGGCUAGCUUUCUCUCAUGUCCACAGGACAGGUUCACAGGUUCACCUCAUCCUGAACAAGCACUGUGUGCUGACCCAAUGAAGCGCCCAGACAUGCCCAGACAACCACUGCGGGCCUGAUCCCAGUGGAUCUCAGCAUACCAAGCUGAUCUCAGGAUUCAGCUUGCAGGCGCAGCUGUGUUAGACAAAGCUUCAGACUACCUAAGGACCAGAAAACCUUGUGCCCAUUGUAGAAGACUCGCUAGUAUGGGCUGCAAGGUUGACCACACUGUCUCUCCCCUUGCUGCAGUCGAAGAGCAUAUAUUAAUUCAAAUCCUGGAUCCUUUUGCGAUUUCAUUUUUGUCAAGCCUCUGCAUUCUCUUAGUCUUAGGUUUUAAUUCUGCGAUUUUAUUUUCCUUGUUGAAUUCAUGUUUCACAAAUAUUCAAAGGGAGGUGGGUUGUUUGAUCUUUUUUUUUUCUUUGCAGUUAAACGCUAUGGUUCAAACCUGAGUGAGCCCAAAUAUUUCUGCCGACUUUAUAAUUGUACAGUUUUGUAUAUUAAACGUUUUUGAAGUUAUUAAUUUAAAAAAGAUCAUUUAGUUUAUUCAUUUAGUAACUGAUGUAUAAUAAACGCUAUUUUCAUUAAGAGUUGCUUUUUCAACUAUUUUAUUCAAAUUGCCUAUUGCAGUUGCCAACAAUUAUUUAUUUUCAAUAAAUUCUGCAUUGUGUUUAAAUGGAAAUUGUUUCAAAGAUGAGUUGGGUGUCAAAACGAAAACAAUUCGCUGUAAUGUUUGAUGUGAACAGUUUUAGUCAAGGGGUUUAUAUUGACGCAAUAUUUUAUUGUUGCAAAAGAUUUAAAAGGUUUAAAUAAACA